AUGUCUUUGGAGGGGAAAACGCAUGAGGGUUCUUUGAAAAUUUUUAAAAUUGUCAAAAAUAUUUUUAGAGGUGUCCAGCUUCUUAAAGAUUCUACUGGCCCCCACGUUACGUUAACUCUAAAACGUGACAGCUCCGCCUCUCCUCUUUUGCGUAACACUGCGGAAACUUCUCCUGUUUCUGACCAUGUUACUGUAUUUAAGGUAGGGUUUUUGAGAAGAAAAUCUAUUAAGGAGAAAUACCUCUAUGUUACGUACACUUGUGUAACGCUGGUUAAUAAUAGGUUUUGA